AUGAUGUUCCCCAGCAGCAAGCUGCUUGCCUUGGCUUUAACUUUGGCUGGUUGCAUUUCAGCAUCUCCAACGCUUCACCAGAAACGUGACGGCGACGGUGAUAAUGUUAUUAUCGGCUAUCGAGCCGUUAGCAGUGAACAAGCCGAGAUGUACAGAAAAGCAGGCAAGGUUGUUUUCACUGGCGCAGAAGCUGGAACCCAGAUCGGCGUGGGCGUUUACCUCACAAACAAGCCUCGCGACUGGAAGGAAGAUCAGUCGUGGCAUUGGCGCUGUGUGAUCACCGCGAACGCCAAAGUCGUUGAAAGGAUCGCCAAGGUGUGGGUGCCUAGGCGUAUCGAAGGACGCCCUGAACUAUGGAACAACGUCGGAGCUAUCGACGAAUACAUUGAAAGCCUUCCUCAUGGCUAUGACCCCAGGAAGACGAUGCGCCUAAGCUACAUAACCGGGUAUGGAGACCGACUGCAGCUAUUGAUCCCCGAGGGCCUGGUAGACGACCCGGAGUUGAACCUAACGCCCCACUGUGAAGAUAACCUCGAAUUCUUCGAUGGAUGGAGACACGUCGACUGGGAAAAGGAGAAGAUCUGGACAAAGAAUUCCGGAGGGAGCAAGGAGCCGGGCAACUAA